GAGGGAGUGUCGCUGAAUGAUAAGGGCAGAAGGGGAGGCGGUGCGAUAACAGUGGUAAAUUUAUUUCUCAUAAGUCUGCUAGUUUACCUGCUACAUGUUGACAAUUUAGUCUGCGCGUAGUGUAAGGUGUGUGAUAGCAAGGAUGACAAUGCCGCAUGUUGGGGCAGUAUUUGCUGCAAUAGCAGGAGUGACGGCCAUCCUGUUGCACUCCUCUAUUCACAAAAUAGAAGAAGGUCACCUUGCUGUGUACUACAGGGGUGGGGCAUUGCUGACGUCUCCCAAUGGCCCUGGCUAUCACAUCAUGCUGCCUUUCAUUACCACCUACAGAUCAGUACAGACUACGCUCCAGACAGAUGAGAUCAAGAAUGUGCCUUGUGGAACAAGUGGCGGUGUGAUGAUCUAUUUCGACAGGAUAGAAGUUGUUAACAUGCUGGUCCCUACAGCAGUGGUCGACAUUGUGAGGAACUACACCGCGGAUUAUGACAAAACUCUCAUUUUCAACAAGAUACACCACGAACUCAACCAGUUCUGCAGUGUACACACGCUGCAGGAGGUUUACAUUGAGUUGUUUGACAUCAUAGAUGAGAACCUGAAGACUGCUUUGCAAAAAGAUCUUAAUGCGAUGGCUCCUGGACUAACAAUACAGGCAGUGCGUGUAACCAAGCCAAAGAUCCCAGAGUCCAUCCGGAGAAACUUUGAACUCAUGGAAGCAGAGAAGACCCGUCUAUUAAUAACAGCUCAGACUCAGAAAGUGGUGGAAAAGGAAGCAGAGACCGAAAGGAAGAAAGCCAUUAUUGAGGCUCAGAAAUUGGCCCAGGUAGCGGAGAUCCACUUCCAGCAGAAGGUGAUGGAGAAGGAGACGGAGAAAAGGAUCUCUGAAAUAGAGGAUGCUGCCUUCCUGGCCAGGGAGAAGGCGAAGGCUGAUGCAGAAUAUUACACGGCGGCCAAGUUUGCUGAAUCAAACAGGCUGAAGUUAACCCCAGAAUACCUGGAGCUGAUGAAAUACCAGGCCAUAGCAGCUAACAGUAAGAUCUACUUCGGCCAGGACAUCCCGAACAUGUUUGUGGAGGGCACCAAUAAUCCAUCCAAGUCUGCGCGCUCGCCCUCUUUACCCAAUUCUGAUCCAGACUUACUCAAAGCGAAACUAGACGGGCAGUGAGUCCACGGCUCUGCCUCUACACAGGACAGGGGAGCCUGAGGAGGACUUGUCUUGUCAGUGGGGUGGAGAAACACCGAACUGAAGACGACAGCUUUGCAGCUAGUUUGGUGAACAACACACUUCAGUCUUAAAUCUAAAUGGCAAAAAAAAAAACCAGAGUGGGAAACGUUUAAGGUGACAGACGAGUGGAAGUGAGAUGUAGGAUGGGUGCGAUGAAAAGGAGAAAGGAGGUUUUUUUUUGUUUGUUUGUUUUUUUAAAACCUUCCACUCAAGACAAGUUUAAGGAAUGAGAACGGUGCCAUAGUUAAAAAUCAAAAGCAUAAAACAUGCUUAUGCCUGGGAAGGCGACAGCAAGUAGUCGCCCUAAUUUACACGUGCUUGCAAUCAGUGCAGUGUUUAACUUUGCUUUUGGAGCUGCAGUAGUUAAUUUGUUGUAUGCAAGAGGAAUGAUUUGUGAUGAGAAAUGAUAAUUAAUUAUUAUUAACUUUUAUUUUCUAAUUUUUUUUUUUUUUUUUGGAAAAUUAAUGGCUUUUUUUUUAGCAGCACUGGAAUCUUGACAGGUGACACUAAUUAAAAGUUGAACGGAUGGUCUAAUAGUGUUCGGGGGUCAAGUCAUCUCUGUACCACCUUCUCUUGCACUGAGUCACUCUCCACACGAGUCGGUGUCGUGGCCGUUUAAUCUCACCUCGUCUCAAACGCUGCUGGUCGAGGAAUUUAUGACACUUCAGCUGAAGUUUGACCGUUGCUAAUGUAGUGUUUUCACUAUAUUGAGUCCACAUUAAUUUCCACUCAGCUGAAAUCAUUACAGAUAAGAGCUGUGAACAUUUUUUUUUUUUUUUUUUUUUAAAUAAUAAUAGUGGAGGUUUGGACAAAUGCUGUCAGACUGGUAGUUGUACGGUUUACUUUCUGGUGUUAGUUUUCUGUUUUUGUGGUUGAGGUCUGCUGGCUUCCUGUGGCAUUUACUGUGAAGCAAAACGAGAGGAAAAAAAAAAGAGUCCUAGUGCUGCUUAAAGAAAGUCAGAUUUGUCUUCUAAAAGCUUAUUCAAAAUGAUCCGCUACUUUUUGUUACUAUUACUCAACAUGCACUUGAGCAACAGUAACAGUGGGUUGUAGGAAGUUGUGAUUUCUAUUCCCUGUCGAGAAGUCAGCACAUCUUUCUCUCCUCCGUCUUGCUUUGAUUGUCAGGGUCAUGCAUGCAAAAAUUUUGUAGUUCGGUUCAGACAGUUAAUAGAGCCUGAGAGUGUUUGCCACCUCUGUUGACAUGGAGCUUAUUCAGACGUGGUUAAAUGUAAAUUCUCAGGAAAGGCAUUUUAAUGAGACAGCUGCUCAGUGUUAAGCAGAGCAUACAGCCUCCAGAAGCCAAAAUCCACUAAUAAAACUGAUUUAAGGAUGAGCAAAGCUACGGUUUCAUCUAAAAAUCAACUUUUUUUUUUUUUUUUUUUUAAUGUGCACCUUCUGUUUACAGUGAGCAUCUGCGACAGUGAUAGAUUAUGAAACAUUAGGAUUAAGUAUACUUGAUUUAUUAAAAUAGAAAUAAAAUAAACAAAAAAUCUCUUUUCCACUGUCAGCGUUCUUCCUGUAAUUCAUGAAUCGGUGGAGAGACACAGUUCUUAAUUACAACUUCCACUUUAAGAAGACUUUGUUUAACCUCUCGCGGGUUAUGUAAUGACAUGAUAGAGAUGAAUGUGAUUGUCGCGUCGGUUUUUAAAAAGAUGCAAGUUGGUGCUAGUUUUUGUUUCUUUCAGCUUUUGGAUUUUGUUCAGUUCUUUGUUGCAGAAAUUCUUCCACUAUUCAGAAUUUAAGAAGCCUUAAAUAAUAAUUCUUAGACUGAUGGGUUACCCCCCAGAGUUAAAUAUUCAGUGAUUCUUGCAGAGUAAAAUGCACUUCUUAAGAGUUUGGACGUACAUACUGUACUGUACUGCACGGCCUCAUCUUUGAUUCUAUCUGAGAAAGACACAACUAACAGUGGACACUACUCGUGCUGUUUUACGUGACCUCCAAUUAGCGGCAGUUAGAGGCUGCACUCUGCUUUGGCUUCGGUGAUGGGUUCAAAUAAAGAUGCAAAAGAGGGGUAUGAAUCACUCAUGAAACAGAUUUUUUCUUUUUUCUUUUUUUGUCAAUAUUUUGUACAAUCUGUGAAAUUCAAAUGUUGUCUCCUUGUUUUAAAAAGUUUAUAUGCAAAAAUGUUUUCAAGUUUUGACAAUGUUCUUAUGUAAAAUAAAACCUAUUUUGGUACCUCUCUUCUAUCUGUG